AUGAUGUUCAAGUCGCUCUUCGUCUACAGCGCCGUUCUGGCCCUCUCCGCCGUCCAGGUUGCCGCCCAUGCCGCCAUCAACCCGGUACUGGGAGUUUCCGGCACUGCCGUUCGCAACGACGUCAAGAGGCCGUCCAACAACGCACCCUGUGGAAACGGUGUGAACAUUGCGUCGGCCAUUGGUAGCUCGACCUCGGUUAAGGCCGAUGCCUCGGGCUCCUUCACUGUCAAUAUCCAGAACUUCAACGGUGGCCGGGACGGUUCGCGCCAGGUUACCAUGAAGGUGAACGCGGCCGGAGACGGCAAGAACUUUGUUGCUGGUACAGUGACAACCAACGGCCAGCUCGCCCCGGCAAGCACAGGCACCGAGAAGAUUGUCGCCUCGCUCCCUGCUGGUACCAAGUGCACCGGUGGAGCUUCAAAGAACCUGUGCAUUGCAUCCUUCACUACGGCUGGUGGAUUUGGCAACUGCGUUGUUGUGCAGCAGGCAGGCGGCGGAAGCAAUGCUGCUGCAGCUGGUGGCAAGAAAAAUGCUCGUGCCUUCCAGGCGUAA